GCACCUACAAAAAUCAGUUGCUGGACGAAACUACUAUAGUGAGACAUUGGUGAUGGUGCAAGUGCUGAAGUUGACCGUAGAAAAAAAUAACAAUGCCUAAUACUAAGGUUGUUAUUGGUCUGCUCCUGCUCGUAGCAGGAGCGCAGGCUACACACUACACACUAGAGUUUAACGCGGACGGUGUUAAGGCUACGGUUCAUACCGACACUCGGGAGCUUACGGUGGAACGCAAAGGUGUGGUUGUUCAAAGGAUUCUAUUAGGUCGAGAUAUAAGUCCCGUAGGGAACUAUGAGGAAAUAGCAAAUGGGUUCAGGUUGACGAACGAAGAUGGUGAAGCGACCGAUUUUAGCAAAACGAUGGACACGAAUGAUUUUUCGCUGCUCACAGUAGCCAGAGCUACCAGAUCCCGUUCCCAGGUUAUCGAUUGUGUUCGGAUGAUUGGAUCGAAUUGGUAUGGUGGUCCCCAACAAAAGUACCAGUAUUGGCCGAUCCAGAAACUACGCUUUGACGAGUAUUCCUUCCUUACUAAGGAGGCCGAUAAUUGUGCGGUAGCUGAUCGCUAUUGGUUGAAUUCGCUUGGAUCCUUCAUCUACGUAGAGGAUGAAGCACCACUUUUCAUUGAUCAAAAUUAUGGUGAACCUGGGUAUAUGUGUUUGGAAGUGAAGAAAUCGUUACCGUAUGAUAUUUACGAUUCUACGUACUCUUUUAUUUAUCAAGUGGGCGUAGCCAGUGACUCGAAGAAGGUGCAUAUGGAGGCAGUGAAGCAAAUUUUGGGCAAACCAUCCGGUCAUCCCGCGGAAGCUAUGGUGAAAUACCCCAUCUGGUCAACAUGGGCAAGAUACAAGAGAGAUAUCGAUCAAACGGUGGUCCUACAGUUUGCGGACGAAAUCAUCCGAAAUGGAUGGCCAAACAGCCAAUACGAACUGGACGAUGAUUGGGAGGUUUGCUACGGUUCGCUCACUUUUAACACCAAGAAAUUCCCAAACAUUCGACAAACAAUCACCGAUAUAAGGGCGAAAGGUUUUCCCAGGAUAACUUUGUGGAUUCAUCCUUUCAUCAACAAAGGAUGUGAACCAUGGUACUCCGAAGCCAAGCGCAAUGGAUAUCUGGUUGCGAACCACAGCGGCAGUACAGAUACGCAAUGGUGGAAUAGUGUACAAAAUCAAGCUUCGUAUGUAGAUUUUUCCAAACCAGAAGUAGCCGCAUGGUUUUCUGCCAGGUUACAAGCAAUUCUGGAUGAAAGCGGCAUUGAUAGCUUCAAGUUUGAUGCUGGAGAAACUAGUUGGACUCCUCCGGACCCCGUCUUGAAUGGGCCACGUUCUAAACAUCCCAGUGUGAUAGUAGAUACCUACGUAAGAACUGUUGCUAAAUUUGGUGAUCUGGUGGAGGUUCGUUCAGCUCACCGUACCCAGGAUCUGCCCAUCUUCGUUCGUAUGAUUGAUAAAGACUCCGAGUGGAACUGGAAUAAUGGACUGCCGACGCUAGUUACCACGUUACUUCAGAUGAACAUGGUUGGCUACCCGUUAGUUCUACCGGAUAUGGUUGGUGGCAAUGGGUAUAACGACCAUCCACCGAAUAAGGAAAUGUUCAUACGUUGGUUGCAGGCGAAUGUGUUUAUGCCAAGCAUUCAAUUUUCUUACGUUCCGUGGAAUUAUGAUGCAGAGACAAUCCAAAUUUCGAAGAAGAUGACCGAUCUGCACGAAAAAUAUACCCCGCAGAUCAUGGAGCGCUUCAAGCUUGCUGUUUCCGAUGGUUACCCCGUAAAUCCUCCGAUUUGGUGGAUUUCCCCUGACGACACGAUAGCGCAAAAGAUCUAUGAUCAGUUUCUUCUUGGUGACGACAUCAUAGCGGCGCCAGUUCUUCAGGAAAAUGUACGCUCCCGGGAUAUUUACCUUCCACAGGGAACAUGGACCGAUGGAAACAGUGGUACGGUUUACACCGGACCACGGUGGAUUCGCAACUACAACGUUCCACUGAGUAUGCUGCCGUACUUUGUGCGGAAAAACUAACUAAAUACACGUAGGUGGCAGCCUCGAGUAUUAAGCAUACACGGUUCAAGUGUAGAAAGAUAGCGUGUGUAAUCAAUCAAAUAGGCAACGUAAUAAAAACUUCCGGUAGGAAAUGAA